UCCUUUAGGAUAUGAUAUAAAAGUCUAUGAAAUGCUUGGAUGAGAAAGCAUUGGGUUUUGUGUUAGAGUUUAGACAUUCUUGUAAUUCUGUAGUAAGUGUUGAACACAUCUUAUUGCAGACCUGGCUAUUAACAGAUCAUUCAGUGAUCUUAAUAUUUCAUCAUUUCGUCGAUAAAAGAACUGAAAAUUUCGGGGAAGGAUUAUUCACUACAGGGGCUUCUUUUCCAAGUUCCCCGUGUGUCAGUAGUUGCAUACGCCAUAUCAGUCCGCAAGUGUGAGGGGGCACCUCCUUGGCAUAGCUGAGACCAUUAGUACUUGAUUUACAGAUACAUUGUUGACGAACCACUUGCGCCAUAAUUCCGGAUUUGAUUUUUAUUUCAAUUAAACCCAUAUUUCAAAUAAAUUCAAUUAAAAUAAAAUUAAAAUAAUAAAAAAAAUUAAUAAUAAUGAAGACAUCAGUGUUAGGACAGGACUUUGCAAUGACUCCGAGUGUGGAAGAAAUCAUUCGCAAUACAAUCAUUGAUGACAAUAAUGAAGACGCUUUCUAUGUGGUCGACAUCCAAGACAUUCUUCGCAAACACAAGAAAUGGUUGUUGAAUAUGCCUCGCGUUCAACCUUACUAUGCGGUCAAAUGUAAUCCAACACCUAUUGUAUUGGAACUGUUGUCUGCAUUGGGAGUUGGCUUCGACUGCGCCUCAAAGAAUGAGAUCGACUCAGUUAUGAACAUCGGAGUGACUCCUAAUCGUAUAAUAUAUGCCAAUCCGUGUAAAACCAAAUCAUUUAUCAGACACGCGGCUGAUGUUGGCGUUGAAGUAAUGACAUUUGAUAACGAACUCGAGUUAUACAAAGUGAGACAAUUGCAUCCAAACGCCAAAAUGGUUAUAAGGAUCAAAGUGGAUGACAGUCACGCCGUUUGUCGAUUGGGUCUCAAAUUUGGUGCCGACAUCGACAAAGUGCAGCAUUUGCUUCAAACAGCUAAGAAUAUUGGCGUCAAUGUUAUCGGUUGUAGUUUUCAUGUGGGAAGUGGCUGUGAGAGCGCUGAUGCUUACACUGAAGCCAUAGCUAACGCCAAAUACGUGUUUGAAGUCGGAAGAGAACUUGGCUUCAAAAUGACAUUUCUUGAUAUCGGCGGUGGCUUUCCCGGCACAUCCAUUACUAAAGUUCGCUUUGAAGACACGGCUAAAGCAGUCAGCGCUGCACUCGAUCUUCAUUUUCCAGCAGUCGAUGCUUUUGGAAAUGAAUCAAAUAUUACAAUCAUUGCAGAACCGGGACGUUAUUAUGUGGCAUCGGCUUUUGUUUUAGCCACUAAUAUAAUUGCUAAAAGGAGUGUCCAAAUGGAAGAUCAGACAGCAAUGAUGUACUACUUGAAUGAUGGCGUUUAUGGCUCAUUUAAUUGUACAAUAUUUGAUCACUGGGUGGUCGAACCGACCCCUUUCCCAAUUGAUGAGAGUUUGGAAGAUCGCCAAAAUCAUUUGACAACUAUUUGGGGCCCAACGUGUGAUAGUAUGGAUUGCAUUAAACGAGACAUACAUAUGCCAGAGAUGCAUAUUGGAGAGUGGAUUAUAUUUAAAGAAAUGGGAGCUUACACUAUGUGUGCCGGCUCUGAGUUUAAUGGAUUCAAAAUGCCUGCACAUCUUUACUAUGUCCCGGCCUAUACUCUGCAAAUGCUUCACCAUUUGCCGAAUUGGUCACGAAUUGCAGCCAUUUUGGACAUCGCCGACAACGAAGAUAUGUCUGACUCUGCAAUGGAUGUGUUCGAUGCCGACCACAGUCUUGAACUCAUAUCUGUUCAUUAAAUUGCCUUUAAUUGCAUUCCAUAUUAACUUUUAUUUGGCUUUUAUUUUAAUUUUCUUUAUAAUGUUUUUUAUAAUGUAAACAAUUAGCAGUAUUUUCUGCUAAAAUACUAAUACAAUUUUUAAAAUAAUUUUAAUAUUACUUUUUUGAAAACUAGAGCUUUUGAAUGUUAUUUUUAAUUUACAAUUUUUGAAAUUAUUAUCAAUCCGGGAAUUAAUGGUUUUGUAUAUUAUAAAUAAGUAAUUAUGUGAAUGUAUGAAUUGGUUAAUUGACAAAUUGCCAAUUUUAAUUGAUAUCAUAUCUUCACAUAAUUACUUAUCCAGCAAGUGUUGUCGUUAAUUAUGUUCUGUAUUUCAUUAUUUAAUUAUGUAAUUUGUAAUCUAUUAGAAAUUUUUAAUAAAUAUACAGUAUAUUAAAUAA